AUGUCUACUGCACUCGCUGUGUUACUGUUUGUUUUCUUCAUCGAAGGAACUCAAUCUCAAUACGUCCUUACGUGCGGAAAUGGAGGAGUCGGGAUAUGCAUCGCUGGAGGGUGUAGCUCACCAACUCAACUUUGCAUAACAACUGUGUCCGGGCCAAUGUGUUGCGAAGUUAGCCAGAUAGUCUACACUGUCGGUCCUGCAGCGCCAGUGGUGGCCCCGCAAGUAGUAGCACCUACUGCAACAUGCUUCGAUAGAGUUGAUCCAAGGACCGGUGUUUCGGACUGUCCCAGUAAAGCAUUUCUGUGCAACAAUCCGUUAUAUCAGCAAUUAAUGACAGAACAAUGCCCAUUGACAUGCAACAAAUGUACCGGAACAGGAACAACAACAUGCCGCGAUUUCGUUGAUCCAAGAACUGGAGUAUCGAAUUGUCCUCUGCUGGUAGCCUAUUGUAGAGAUGCUCUGUACGCCCAACUGAUGAGAGAGCAAUGUCCUAGGACAUGCGGUUACUGCGUUUGA